AUGCCGAUCGAAUUUACAGUAUACAAAGGGUCCGAAGAAGGAAUCAAAGAGGAUGUGACCCGCAAAGAAGACCUCGAAAGAGAUUAUGUGCUCGUUCGAGUCACACACUCUGGAGUAUGUGGCACCGAUCUUCAUUAUAAGGCCAAGGAUAUGGUUCUUGGCCACGAAGGCGCUGGUGUGGUUGAAGCAACUGGACCCGAUGCGAACAUCUUGAAGAAAGGCGAUCGCGUGGGAUGGGGAUUCGAGCACGACUGUUGUGGCCACUGUCGGCCAUGUCUGACUGGAUGGGAGACCCUGUGUCGGAAACGCAAGCUGUAUGGAGAGGCAGAUUUCGACCAAGGAUCUUUCGCCACACACGCGGUGUGGAGGGAGGGGUUCCUUUUCAAGAUUCCUGAUGCGAUCAAGAGCGAAGAUGCUGCUCCGUUGAUGUGCGGUGGAUCCACUGUCUUCAAUGCUCUACAUGUCGCCCAAGUCCGACCAUAUGCACGCGUUGGUAUUGUGGGAAUUGGAGGAUUGGGUCACUUGGCUAUCCAGUUCGCUUCCAAGAUGGGGUGUCAAGUGGUCGUUUUUUCUGGUACGGAUAGUAAAAAGACAGAAGCCUUUGAGCUGGGCGCCACUGAGUUCCAUGCGACAAAAGGACUGAAGGAGUUGGAACUUGAGAAGCCCAUCGACAAUUUGAUUGUAACGACUAGUCGUCAGCCAGAUUGGCAGAUGUAUCUCAAGGUUAUGGCACCGAAUGGCAUCAUCUCCCCUCUCUCAGCCGACUCGGGGGAUUUGAAAAUCCCGUAUAUGCCUAUCUUGUUGACGGGGCUGCGGAUCCAGGGUGGCAUUGUAUCCUCAAGACAAGUGCACAGAGAUAUGCUGGAGUUCGCAGCCAUGCAUGAUAUCAAGCCUGUUAAAAUGACUUUCCCUUUCACUCUGGAAGGCGUGAGGGAGGGCAUGAAGACGCUUGAAGAAGGCAAGAUGCGAUAUCGGGGAGUUCUUGUCGCAGAAAAUUAA